CUGCUCUCUCCCGCCUCUCAGAGCUGACAUCGCGCUCAUUGGCCUGGCUGUCAUGGGCCAGAACUUAGUUUUGAACAUGAAUGACCACGGCUUUGUGGUCUGUGCUUUUAAUAGGACCAUCUCCAAAGUUGAUGAUUUCUUGGCCAAUGAGGCAAAAGGGACCAAGGUGAUCGGCGCUCACUCUUUGGAGGAGAUGGUCUCCAAGCUGAAGAAGCCCCGGCGGAUCAUCCUUCUGGUGAAGGCUGGCCAAGCGGUGGACGAUUUCAUCGAAAAACUGGUGCCAUUGUUGGACACCGGCGACAUCGUCAUCGAUGGGGGCAAUUCUGAAUACAGAGAUACGACAAGACGGUGUCGAGCCCUCAAGGCCAAGGGGAUCUUGUUUGUGGGGAGCGGAGUUAGUGGUGGAGAGGAUGGGGCCCGGUAUGGCCCAUCACUCAUGCCAGGAGGGAACAAAGAAGCUUGGCCCCACAUCAAGAACAUCUUCCAAGGCAUCGCUGCAAAAGUAGGAACUGGAGAACCCUGCUGCGACUGGGUGGGAGACGAGGGGGCCGGCCACUUCGUGAAGAUGGUGCACAACGGGAUCGAGUACGGCGACAUGCAGCUCAUCUGUGAGGCCUACCACCUGAUGAAGGACGUGCUGGGCAUGGAGCACGCGGAGAUGGCGCGGGCGUUUGAGGAGUGGAACAAGACAGAGCUGGACUCCUUCCUGAUCGAAAUCACCGCCAACAUCCUCAAGUUCCGGGACAGCGACGGCACACACUUGCUGCCCAAGAUCCGGGACAGCGCGGGGCAGAAGGGCACCGGGAAGUGGACCGCCAUCUCGGCCCUGGAGUACGGGGUUCCUGUCACCCUCAUCGGAGAAGCGGUCUUUGCUCGAUGCUUGUCGGCGCUGAAGGAUGAGAGGGUUCAAGCUAGCAAGAAGCUGAAGGGCCCUCAGAAGAUCCAGUUCCAGGGCGAUAAGAAAUCCUUCCUGGAGGACAUUCGGAAGGCCCUGUACGCUUCCAAGAUCAUCUCGUACACGCAAGGCUUCAUGCUGCUGAGGCAGGCCGCCACCGAAUUCGGCUGGACCCUCAACUACGGAGGCAUCGCCCUGAUGUGGAGGGGGGGCUGCAUCAUCCGAAGCGUGUUCCUAGGAAAGAUAAAAGAUGCGUUUGGCCGGAACCCAGGACUUCAGAACCUGCUCCUGGAUGACUUCUUCAAGUCGGCUGUGGAAAACUGCCAGGAAUCCUGGCGGCGGGCGAUCUGCACCGGCGUGCAGGCGGGCAUCCCCCUGCCCUGCUUCACCACCGCCCUCUCCUUCUACGACGGGUACAGACACGACACGCUGCCCGCCAACCUGAUCCAGGCCCAGCGGGAUUACUUCGGGGCACACACCUAUGAACUCUUAACCAAACCGGGACACUUUGUCCACACCAACUGGACGGGCCACGGCGGCAGCGUGUCGUCCUCUUCAUACAACGCCUAGGCCGCCGGGGACGUGACGGGACCCGCACGUGACUGCCCGCAGGCCCGCUGCCCUCCUUUCUGCUCAUGUCUUUUCGAAUAAAGUGUCGCAAGAGACUCCUGAAAAAGUCA